AUGGGACAUGGACAUUAUCUUUCACUGCGGAAUAAGCCAUGUGAUGAGACUAUUGAUGGAGGAGGAGCUGGUGGAGGUGGUGAUGGAGAUGGUGCCUUAACUGGUGGUGGAAUUGGUUGUCUUGCUGGUGAUGGAGAUGGUCCCAUAACUGGUGGCGGAGUUGGUUGUCUUGCUGGUGGUGGUGGAGGUUGCUUUGCUGGUGAGGGAGAUGGUGCCUUAACCGGUGGUGGUGGUGAAGGUGGUGACUUAAUAAGUGAUAGUGAUAAGUGUGACGAUGGCGUUGGGUUAGUAAUAGAUGGGAUGCCGGGUAAUACAGGAGGAAUUAUAGGAUCAAUAAUAGGGCCGACGAGAAAAGGAGGAAUAAAAGCUGAGUCUGUUGACGGCAGUGGUGGUGGUGAUGGUGACGGUGACGGCGGAGGUGAAAUUGUUAAAUGCGGAGAUAUAUAG